AUGAACACCUUUCAUCCGCUUUACUAUCUUUAUAACCCCCGUUGGAUAUUCCGAGGCCCAUCACAGGGGGAUGAAUUAUUCAUCCAAUAUAAUACGCAGACCCGCGUCUGGACAUACCCAACCCUCGACGUCUUCUGUCCCAGUAACAUCCCCGUCGACAACCGCGAAACGCACAUGUGGCCGUUUUCCCAACCAAGCAAUGAUCAGGCCUCCUUGUCCCGCCAGCUCAGCGUAACGACCAAUGGAAUCCUCCGGGUUGUCCAAAACGUCAGACUCGACUGGGUCAAGUCUGGGAUAAAGUUCCCCGAGAACCUGACAGGCGCGCUCAAGUGGUGUGUCUCCCUGCCAAAUGUCAAACGCAUCUACUUGGACAAGUACCCGAUGCAUCCCACCGCCGGCGUGGCCGGGUACUUGAGGACGGGACGCUUUCGGAUGGCGUCUGGCAAGUUUGGACCCGAGAACCUUCACCUUGCCGGGCUACCGGAUCGGAUCACCUUUUCCCUGCAACGCCCUACGACGGACAAGGCCCCGUGGAAGUCGCUCCGGGAUAGGAGGGUCCCAGUUGUAAUUCGCGACCGGACCUUUAGUGAGGAGGAAAGUCACGAGACUGAUCCGCUGGAGAUGUUCCUUGAUGAGAGUGAUGAGAUUUUCUUCCGGCUCUUUUUUCGGUAG